AUGCCGGAUGAGUCCCAUGCAGCUGCCAAAGAGCGCUUGGGACAGCUGCUGGGCGUGCAGGAAGAAGCUCUGGAACAGGCGCCCGACUUCCUCGAUGAGCACAAGCUCCUUACAGCACAUGUUGGCACCUAUGGACCGGAGCCUGGAAGCGACCGAGCUCAAGGGAAAGCUCCCAAGGCAUCCACCUCUGGAAGUUCCGGACGCUCCGGCAGCUCCGGAGUUCCGGUGGCGCUGACCACGUGUGGCUAUGGUGGUCCUCAUCUUAGCCGUCGCGAUCCCAAAGAUGCUUUAAGGUGCGACAGAGUGAUGCAGAUCCGACAAGUUGUGCCCCACCUCGUAAGAGGAGCCAGUUUCCAGUGGCGUUUCCUACCGGUUGAAGGGCUCAGACGCCGUAGCUUCUCUUCUGCGAGCAAGGUGGUGGCUUCAGCACAGGAAGCGCUGAAAGACGUGCACGAUGGUGCCACGCUUUGUAUCGGUGGCUUCGGUCUUUGUGGCAUCCCUGAGAAUUUGAUUGAAGCGCUGCAACAGAAGGGGACGAAAGACCUUACUGCAGUGUCAAACAACGCCGGAGUCGACAAUUUUGGCUUGGGCCUUUUGCUCCAGUCGAGGCAGAUCAAGCGCAUGAUCUCCUCGUAUGUUGGCGAGAACAAGCUCUUUGAGGAGCAGUAUCUCACAGGCCAACUGGAAGUGGAACUGACCCCACAGGGCACCUUGGCUGAAAGGCUGCGAGCAGGCGGUGCGGGCAUUCCAGCAUUCUACACGCGGACCGCCUAUGGUACUGCUGUCCAUGAAGGGCAGAAUGUGAUUAAAUACGGCCCCGGCGGUGCAAAGGCGGGAGACGUGGCCAUCAUGAGUCAGCCAAGGGAGUCGCGGGAUUUCGAUGGCAAAGGCUACAUCAUGGAGAAGGCCAUUGUCGGAGACUUUUCCAUCGUCAAAGCGUGGAAGGCCGAUGAGCGCGGAAACCUCGUAUGGCGAGGGACCUCCAGGAAUUUCAAUCCAGACUGCGCCAGAGCUGGAAAGGUUUGCAUCGCAGAGGUCGAAGAGAUCGUCCCCGUGGGUUCCUUGAGUCCGGAGGAGAUCCACCUUCCUGGGAUCUACGUGCACAGAGUGGUGCAGGGCAAGGGCUACGAGAAGAGAAUAGAGAAGCGAACUGUCUCCACAGGCGGCGACAUCAAGGUGGACAAGCGACGGGAACUCAUUGUGAGGCGGGCAGCAAAGGAUCUGAAGAACGGCAUGUAUGUGAACUUGGGCAUUGGCAUGCCGACGCUUGUUAGCAACUAUUUGGAGCCUGGUGUCAGGAUUGAAUUGCAGAGUGAGAACGGGCUGCUGGGUAUUGGCCCUUACCCACCAGAGAGUGAGGUGGAUCCGGACCUCAUCAAUGCCGGGAAGGCGCGACGAAUCAAUGGCGUGACGCCUCUGGCGCGUUAUGCAGCAAACUUGGAGGCUGAGUCACAGAUGGCAUCGUCCAUGCCUUUCCCAAUGUACACCGUAGCCCUGGAAGACGCUCUGAAGAUGACUGCUGUGGAGCCACAUGAAAUGCUGAAGGAAAAGGCUUUGCUGGUUGAGUUCGAGAAGACCUUAGGGAAGGCAGUGUUCCUGUCACACCAGUGGGCCGGCAAGAAUCAUCCAGAUCCUACUUUCGCGCAAUUCAGUGUGUUCCAGGAUGCCAUGAGGAAUAUUUUAUCGGAUCAUUUUCACCACAUACAGUUGGAUGUUGCCACUGAGACUGUAGUUCCAGAAGCCAAGCCCCUAUCGACACAAGAAUUCCGAUUGGCAAAGCUAUUUAUUUGGUACGAUUACUUUUCAUGCCCACAGCUGGAGCACUCACACGGCCCAGAGAGCAACCUUGCGAAAGCGAUCGCAAGCAUCCACGGGUAUGUGACCCGGUGUUCUUUCUUUUUUGCACUUUGCCCGUUCCUCGAGGACUCUGUCACAGUGCUCAGUCCGGCUAGCUGGGGGGCAAGGGGCUGGUGCCGAUUAGAAAGGACCAUGCGGGAGCUUUCCGAGGGCUCUUGGAUUUUGAUCAAAAGCGCAGAACGUCUUGAGCUGGUUGUGGGAUCUCGAGCCUUGAACUUCCCAACAGGCAAGGGAGAGUUUGCCGUGGCCACUGACAAAGUGAAACUUGGCCCAAUCCUCGAGGCUGCCCUCAAGGGUAAAAUGCGGCAAGCUCUGAGAAAAUCUGAUUUGGUAACAUACCGAGUAGUGCGAAACCUGCAGAGUGUUUAUUUGAAAGGCCUUCCUGCUCAGUUGGAGCUAGAUCUGGUGCCCGGGUUCAUUUCCAGUGCUGACCAUACAGCUUCAAUCGUGGAGCACUUUCUGUACCAAAACGGCUUCCGGAGCAUCCAUGAAGUUGACAUUGCUGGUUUCAUGCCUCUCCACUAUGCUGCUUUGGGAGGAGAAGCACAGUUGAUCAAAGCCAUGUUGGAAGAACGUGCAGAUCCCACAAGCACCACACGCAAAGGACAGCCCAUGCUCGGAACGCCGCGGGUGUCAGCGCUUGGGCUGGCACUGGGGUGUGGGCACAAUGAUGUUGCCCGGCUGCUGAUCGAGGCGAAGGCGCAAGUUCAGGAGCAUGGUACGCUAGCACCUGCUUUGCUGAUGGCUGUUCCAAACAACGUUGAAGGAAUGCGUCUUCUUACAGAAGCCCGCUGCGAUCCCACAAGGGAGAAGCAUUUCUUUGGUUUUUCAGCAGCUUCCAAUGCAUGUUUUACAAGCUCGCUGGCAGCUUUCGAUGAACUCUUGUGCCGGGGUAUCCACCUCUCAACGCUCCUCCACUUUUCUGCGAUAUCCAGGGAAGGAGGUGCCCAAAUCACCCGCCGGCUCAUUGAGCUAAGGGCCGACAUAGAUGAGCAAUGGCAGGUUCAAUGGCUAACACCUUUGGGAGGUUUAAUCGCCUUCCUAUCUCUUCGCUAUGUAUGUGGAAGAGACACUGCUGCGACACGACAGUUCUAUACAUUGCCUGGUUCAACGCCACUGAUGUUAGCCCUUCUGUCAGGGAACUACGAGACAGCCACGAUUCUCCUUCGUGAAGGAGCUCGGCUGGAUCUUCGCAACGACAGGCAGGUGACAGCAGCAGAUUUGGCACAGGGUGCCCCGGAGUUUCUCCAAGAGAUUCUGAGAGGCGACUCUGUGUAUUGUCGAGUGUGACUGCUGUUUGUCUAAAAGUCGG